CCAAGUUCAUGUAACUGAGUGACAUUUUUAAAAGAUUGCUGUUGUUAGGGAGAGGGUGAAAUCAAUGAGCAUUAUAAUGAGAAAUUUGUUGAUUAUAAUACUAAUCUUUUGUGUAUAUCUCAACUGGGGUUGUACUGAGGGAGCUCAAGAAAGAGAUAGUGGGAAAGUGGAUUAUCACACAGUUCAACUCAGCUCUCUUUUAUCAACAGGAUCUAAUACCAAGGGGUCGCUGCACGUAGUGGACAAGCAUGUCGUGCGCUCACCUCUUAGGAGAAGCAAAGUUACGAGACUCGACCUUGAAAACAUCCUCAGGCAGGAUCGAGCACGCUUAGACUACAUCCACUCUAGACUGUCAAAUAAUUUCGCUGACCAACCAAGGCAAACCGAAUCUAAAAGUAAAGAUAUAUCGGUCAAGGACGUGAGUAAGAGGAAGAGCGAGCUCGAUUGGGGGAGCUACAUCGAGACUAUCGGAAAUGGAAACACCUAAAAACACGAUCAUGCAGCUACUUUCAUGACGGACAAGCUUCACGUUAUAUUUUUAAGAAUCCGAAUUAUAGUGAGUUGCAUUUGUUAUAAUGUAUUCAUAUCUUAAGUUGUUUGAUUACUAUACUCAUUGCAUGCAGUUGUUAUUAGAAAAAUUGUUUGUUUUUUUCUUUUAUUUGGAAACAUUGUUUAGAAAAAUAAAAUGAAAAUAGACGUAGCAAGUUCUCUACU